UCCAACCAAAAAAAGUCUGCACGCGAUUUUUUUCAAUUCAAUAGAAAAAAAAUUUAUCAAUUUUCACACAAUUUUAAAAUCUGCAACAAUAUCCUCAAUAAAAACAUAAUACUCAAUAUAAUAACAUCACUUUUUAUUUCUCCUCUCAACAAAAAAUCAUCUUAAUUAUUGUAGUUUUAAUAUAGAAAAAAAAAAUCCCUUCCUACGAUCCACAAAAAAAAAAACUGAGAAAAAAAAGGAAAACCAAGAAGAAAAAAAAAAAGGCAGCAGCAAAAUCGGCCGACCUCAACUCUCAAACUGCACCACCACCACUCUGGUUGGUACUACUGGGGCUCAGAGCUCAGCAGAGAUAAGCGAAAACAAAAAAAGAAGAAAAUCUCUUUAAAAAAAAUUCCACACCUUUUGAGUGGAAUUUAAGUUAAUUUUUUUCUGUUUUUUUGCAAAAAUUUUGAUUUGAUUUUUACGUCGUCGAAUUUUCUUACAAAAAUCAAAUCGUAGCCAAAAGAAGAAUCGAAAUCGUUUUCGAAUAUACAAAAAUACCAACAGGAGUGUGAAUUCUACUAAAUCGCAACCAACAAAAUGGACGACGAUUUGACGGUGGAGGUCUGCGGCGAGAAUGAUGCCUACUACAAGGGAAUCGUAACAGAUGUAUUUGAAGAUGGAGUAAUGGUCAGUUUGGAUGAAUGCCAAGAAGAACAGAGAUUUCCUUUCUCCCAAGUUCGCUUCCCGCCCGAGGACAAUGAACAACCUGCUGUUUAUGAAGAGGGAAUGGAAGUUGAAGUGUUUACGCGAUCACUUGAACGUCAAACGUGCGGAUGGUGGACUGCUGUAAUAAAACUUCUUAAGGCUGAAUUUUGUGCUGUCUGUUAUGUAGGCUUCGAGAAUCAAUAUACGGAAAUUGUUGAAUUGAAGCGACUUAGAGUGAAAAAUCCCAAUCCUCCUAUUGGACCUAAGACUUUUCAUAAGUUUGAAAUUAAUGUGCCUGCAGAGCUGCAAGAAGAGGCCAAGGAAGAAGGUAUUCAUAGGGAGUUUCAAAGAUCAAUAGGAGCAGGAAUUUGUCGUUAUAAUCCUGAACGUGGGAUAUUAACUGUAAUUUCCAAGUUUGAUUUUUCACAAAAACGGGCGACCAUGUUGCAGGACAUGCAUUUUCGAAAUUUAUCUCAAAAGGUUAUUCUUUUGAAACGAACGGAAGAAGCUGUUCGUCAGCUUGAGUCUACAAAACUAAAUAGCCGUGGGGCCACGCCGCUCUUAUCUACUUCUAGAUUCACAGAUGAGUUUCACGUUCGCGAUGACCUUAUGGGUCUAGCUAUCGGAUCGCACGGUAGUAAUAUUCAAGCUGCACGUCUCCUCGAAGGUGUUACAAAUAUCGAACUUGAAGAGAAAAGUUGCACAUUUAAAAUUACCGGCGAAACAGAGGAUUCUGUGCGUCGUGCCAGAUCAAUGUUGGAAUAUGCAGAGGAAUUCUUUCAAGUUCCGCGUGAGCUGGUCGGCAAGGUUAUUGGUAAAAAUGGACGUAUUAUUCAAGAAAUUGUCGAUAAAAGUGGCGUGUUUCGAAUCAAGUCGGAGAUGUUUGGUUUACAGAUCGCAGGCGAUAACGAACAGGAUCAAAACAUACCACGAGAACAUGGACACGUACCGUUUGUAUUUAUUGGAACCGUUGAAAGUAUUUCAAAUGCAAAAGUACUACUAGAGUACCACUUGGCUCAUUUAAAAGAAGUGGAACAGCUACGUCAGGAAAAAUUAGAAAUCGAUCAACAACUGCGAGCAAUACAGGAAACCAGCAUGGGUUCAAUGCAAAAUUUCCCAGUGAACCGAAGAUCGGAGCGAGGUUACAGCAGUGAUAUUGAAUCGGUGCGGUCGGGGAGAGGUGGCGGGUCAAGAGGCCGUGGACGCGGUCGAGGCCGAGGUGGAGGCGGUGGAGUUGGCGGUGGCCAACGUUACCAUCAAGGUCGGAGAGAUGAUGAUGAUUAUGUUCGCAAUGAUCACCCCAGAGAGAGAUACUCUGAUCGAAGUGGUGGCGGUGGCGGAGGAUAUCGGGGUAACGAUAGGCGUGGCAAUCGACGACCUAAUCGCAAUGAACCUAAUGGCCGGGAACCAUAUAACAACCAUGAGGACAUUCGAGAAAAUCGUGAGGUUAGCAGUGUUGAAAGAGCGGAAAGCCAUUCAUCGAAUGAAGGCAGCACGCGAAGACGACGAAGGCAAAGGAGCACAGCUCCAAGCACUAAUAAUACAAAUGGUGGCGUAGCAAAUAAUAAACCGCAAAAAAAUCAAAAUAUUGAUAAAACUGCUACAUCACUGGAAAGAUCUAAACAACAACAGCAGGUGCCUCCACCACAACAACAACAACAGCAGCAACAGAUAAACGCUCCCAAUAAAGAUGCUAUUGUGGUUAACAGUGUUCCGAAUAAAAAUGAAAAAAUCCCACAACACCAGCAACCCCAACAACAACCAUUACAACAACCGCCAAUACAACAACAACAACAUCAACAGCAUCAGCAUCAAGCGCCAAAAGGUCGUCGCAAUAAAAACAACCGAAACAAUCCCGAUAAUAUUGAACUAAAGAAGGAAACUUUAGUGAAUGGUACAUCCUAAUUUAUUUACAAAAGAAAAAAAAAAUAAACUAUUCAGAGAACAAUUAAAAAAAAAAAAAAUAA